AUGAGCGUAAAAAAAAUAGCUAUACUGUAUGGUUCAGAAACAGGAAACGCCCAUGAGUUUGCCAGCGUUUUGUCAUAUAAGCUUCACCGGCUACACUUCCCACACACUCUGUUAUCUUUUGGAAACUACGCACCGCGAGAUCUUUUAGAGUGUCGAUACUUGUUCGUAAUAAGUUCAACCACGGGCCAAGGUGAACUGCCGAGGAAUGUCAAAGAGAAUGCAACAGGCCAGUCAAAAGACACCCUAUGGACAUUUCUGAAGAAGAAAAACCUUCCUGAAGACUUUUUAAGCCAUGUUCGUGUUACAAUGUUGGGCCUGGGCGAUUCAUCUUAUCCAAAAUUCAAUUAUGCUAUCCGGAAAUUGCACAAACGAGUCGUUGAUCAACUUGGUGCAAAGGAGAUCUUCCCACGGCUGGAGGGCGAUGAAUUAGGCCUGACCGGCAGUAAUGGUGGAACGGGAACUGGUGUUGAGGCUGUAUAUUUCGAGUAUGAAAAGCGGGCCCUGAAGUACCUUGUCAGCAAAUUUCCAGAUCGUAAGAUGCAGGGCAAAUUAAUUAAAAGAGAGCCUUUAGCAGACGACGUUUUCAUGAAACCUGAAUUCAAACUUCAGGUAAGACAGAGCAAAAUUGUGAAUUGCUCACCAAUUUUCAAAGGUGACCCUUCCAUCAAGGUCGGAAAGGUUUGCGAAAAUACAAGAUUAACACAUCAAGAGCACUUUCAAGACGUGCGACAGUUUGUGUUUGAAAGUGAUAGUGAAAGUUAUGAACCAGGUGAUACUGUAGCAUUGUACCCGAAUAAUCGGGACGAUGACGUCAACGCUUUUUUCGAACUUCAACCGCACUGGUUACAAAUCGCGGAUAAGCCUCUUGAGAUAGAGGGAACCUGGGCUGAUCACGAUGGCGGUGUGGUAGCACCACUAACACUUCGAAACGUUCUGAAAUAUCACUGUGAAAUUACAGGUAUUCCAAGAAAGACAUUUUUCAUGAAAAUCUGGAUGUUUGCCACGGAUAAGGCAGCACUUGAUGGCAGUGAGGAACAACUUAUUCAACAGCGUGACAAGCUGCGCCAAUUUGCCGUUGAUGAAGACAUGGACGAUCUUUAUGACUAUUGUAAUAGACCUCGUAGGUCAUUACUAGAAGUUCUCCGCGACUUUCCGUCUAUUAGUUUACCAUGGGAGUAUGUCUUGAGUUACCUCCCACUUAUAAAGCCUAGGCUUUUCUCGAUUUCAAGUGAGCCUUCAAAUCCAAACAUAGAGCUGACCGUGGCCAUUGUGAAGUACAAAACUAUAUUACGGAAAAUAAGACGUGGCUUAUGUACCGACUACCUGCAAUCAUUACAGAAAGGUGACACGGUUAGGUACAAGCUACAAAAAAACAGCCUAUUGAAAGCAUCGAUGCAGUCGUCGCCCGUUAUCCUGAUAAGCCCUGGCGUUGGUCUUGCGCCAAUGAUGAGUUUGCUUAAAGCAGACUUCUUUCAGGAUGUAAAUCUUUUCUUCGGCAACCGAGUCAAAGAAAGAGAUUUCUUAUAUCGUGAUGUCUUGGAGAGUUGGAAUAAAGUUGGUAAGAUCGCUCUCCACACCUGUUUCUCUCGUGACCCGCUACAUUCCCCAAACGCCAAGUACGUGCAAGACGUGUUAUGGCAGAAAGGUGAAAUCUUGGCUGAUCUUAUACUAAAAAAAAAUGCUAUUGUCUACAUUUGCGGUUCUUCUGGCAAAAUGCCUGUUCAAGUAAGGCUGACAAUCCUUGAGAUUUUGAAGAAAUGGGGAGAAAUCGCUACUGAUGGAGAAGUAGAAGCAUAUCUCAAAGAUAUGGAAAGAGAAAACAGAUAUUUACAAGAAACGUGGUAA